AUGGAUAUGAGUGGAAAAUAUUUGGUUACGGUUAUUCUAUUCCUUGGUACGUUAAGUGUGGGGAUGUGUUCUAAUGGUUGGAUUAGGGCUCAUGCAACGUUUUAUGGUGUUAAUGAUAGCCCUGCUUCACUUGGUGGAGCUUGUGGGUAUGACAAUCCGUACCACGCCGGAUUCGGAGCCCACACGACGGCGCUUAGCGGUGCACUAUUCAGAAGCGGAGAGUCAUGCGGUGGGUGUUACCAAGUGAGGUGUGACUAUUGGGCAGAUCCUAAGUGGUGUCUCCGAGGAGCCGCCGUUACUGUGACGGCUACAAACUUCUGUCCGUCGAACAAUAAUGGAGGUUGGUGCAAUCUCCCUCGUCACCAUUUCGACAUGUCCAUGCCUGCUUUCUUUCGCAUAGCCCGUCGCGGCAACGAAGGCAUCGUCCCCGUCUUCUACCGCCGGGUGGGAUGCAGAAGAAGAGGAGGUGUGAGGUUCACGAUGAGAGGGCAAGGUAAUUUCAAUAUGCGGCGCGGUGAAAGCGGUUGCGGUGAGAGGCUCAAGGGGAAAGACUUGGCGUCAGAUGACUCGUAA